AUGUCGGAAAAGUUCGAUGCUCACAAGACGAUUCCCGCACUUCAGCAGGCCGACGUACGUGAUCCGAUAACUGACGAAAUGGACAACACAAUGCUGCGCCUGCUGUACACGUUCCGUGCUCGGCACGUAGAGACGGUAAUAAGUCAUUUCUCCGCUCAGUUGCGGGAUUUAGGGACGUUCCUCCAGAUGAGAGCGAAUUCUAUGCUCACCCAAUUUCACCACGUGCUCCUCGAGCGCAGCGCUUACGAAGUCCAGCUGCGCGGCGCUUUGAUCAAGUCGCUAAUGUUCCUGAACUCGACACCGCUGAUGGAUGUUGACACCAUCGAACGUAUGGAGAUUCGUUUCCUCGAAGCCUUCGCUCAGGUCGGCGGCGAUCCGCAGCGCUGGAGACGAAUACAACAAACCGCCGACUACGAUCGUAUGAGUCUCGAUGAGGUUUUAGAGCACUUCAGUCUGCUGUCGGCCACAGUACGCGACCUCAAGCAAGUGAACCUGAAGCUCCAGAUUGAGCUCCAGCAUAAUCUCACAGAUGUGCUCCAGUACUAUAUCACGAGCACGGGAAUUUCGAUUGAAGAAAAAAUCGUCUCCCAGCUCGAGGAUGUUCUCCAAGUCACAUGCAAUGAUCUCGUGACCCUCAUCGACAAAUCGUUCCGGCUCGUGAAGAACGUCAUCGUUGCAGGCGAGCCUAUUCAUGAUCACGCUGCGCUAGAAGAAUCCUCUCUCGUGAUGAACAUCGACGAUUUGGAGCGAGUUCUAUGCAGAUAG